AAUUCUUCAAAUAAAACGGGGCUGUUUUAUGCUUGAUGGAUCCGCUUUUCUCGCUUCCUCGCCAGCAUAUCCCACAAUCUUUUUAGCUAUUCUCUCUCAACUUCUCUCUCUCUCUCUCUCUCUCUCUCUCUCUCUCUCUCUCUCUCUCUCAUACAUAGUCUCUUUGUCUACUGAGCCAAGACUGCAUCUUUCUGUCAUUUUCAUUCUGAUUUUCUCAUUGUUAGAAAAGUUCUUUCCAGACCAUAUUUCUUGUCCACGGAAUAGCAAGAGAGAAGUAUUACUAGCAAUGGGUAGGGAAUGGUAUUGGGGCGGAAGAUCCUCCAAGAGAGGUGGUGCUGGAGGAGAGAAAGAUGCCUCUUCUUCAGGUUGCAUGAAUGCUGUCUUUCAGUUCUUUGAUUUCCAUCAGUUUCGGUUCGCUUUGCACCACCGAAAACCCUCUUUCGAGCCUACCUGUAUCCUGCCAGAGGAACCCACUAAUCCCAAAGGAGUUGGAGCACCAAGAAAUAGCUUGCAAUCGGAGGAGCUUUCGUUAUCAUGUAUUACAAGAGAAGGAGAAGAGGAGGAAGAAGAAGAUUUUAACAUCCCUAUAGGUAUCCAAAUUAAAACAAGUGGACUCAGAGGAUCGAAGGCUGGAGCUCCAAAUGAUUUUUCCUCGGAAAUCAGCAGCUCUCCUGGAAUCAAGACCCCGAAUUUGGUAGCAAGACUCAUGGGUCUCGACCUUCUUCCCGAAACUCGCUCUCCCUUUUCUUAUUCUUCAGCACAUGGAACACAAAAUCCUCUUCCAAAAUCACAUUCUCACCGUCUUCGUCCACCGCAACCCCUCCAAAGCAGGCUAAGAAAUAUCUUAGACUACGAUAUUACUGGUACUCGGUCUUUGCCGGAGACUCCAAGAAUAUCCUCAGCUAGAAGAUCCAACGUCGAUCACAGGCUCUCACUUCAGAUCAACAAAGAGAACUUGAGCGCAAGUGAGGACUUAGAGUUCUCUCGAUUUUCAUAUCUGAGAAGGAAAGAGCGCAGAGGUGAAGAGGAGAAUAACAGAAGUCCGAGCGAGCACGCUAGGCAAAUUGUGAAGCAGUUGAAAGAAAAGGUUAGCAGGAAAGUCGGGAUGGACAUAACGAACACUAUAACGAACAGAGAUCAAGGAAGAUCAACUGAGCUUGUUAACCAAUUCAAAUCAAGGAAAUAUUCCAAGGCUUUCACCAAAGUUGUGGAAGAAUAUUCAAGUCCAGGAAAGCACUCAGCACCUUCUUGCUCUCCAAGGCUCAGAUCCUCGGAGCCAAAGAUCAAAUCAAGCACGACACAAGCAUCCAGCAAAGAUAAAUCUUUUCAUUAUCCAAAACCAUCGUCGUCUUCAUUGUCUUCAUCACAGAAUGUCCAGCCGCAACCGAUUAAAGUUUCAGUCAUGAAGCUGAAACCUCAACCACUGCAAAAGCAGCAGCAGCAGGGCCCGAAAAGGAUUAAAAAAUGUGAAAAGAUCGAAGGUGAAAGGUUCCAUCAGAGGCUAAAGAAGCCUCCACAAACUUCGGAUAUAAUCCGAAACAAGCAAGAGGAACCAUUUGUUCGGCGAUCAAUAGCCCCCAGAGCCAACAUUCCAGAGAAGAAAUGCAAGAAAACCCCUCUGUCAAAUGACCUUCUCAACAUCACUGUCCCAACCCUUCUCACAGUGAAGAAAGAACCUUCCCAAUCAGCAACCAAGAUUCCUCAAAAACAGUUUCAGGUAUUUGACGCCCAAAAAUCAAGAUGUAGCUCACAGUUAUCUAGUUGUACGAGCCAGUACAAACCAGAAACGACGGACAAGCUCAUGGCCCGAGAAAGUAACGAUGACAGAUUUAACGGUGACUCCACCACCGGAGCUUGUGGAGCCGAAUAUGAGUACGUUAGCAACAUCCUAAGGCGUACUGGUAUAGACAAAGAAACCUGCAUGGUGUCCUUCUCCAAUUGGUUCUCUCCUUCCCAUCCCUUAGACCCAGCUAUCCUUCACGAACUCGAAUAUACUGGCACCGAUACAUCUACUGCCAUCUUUACUAGUGAGAGUCAGAGUACUGGGAUCAUGCCUGGUCGAUUGGGUUUAGGGUGCAACCAAAAACUAUUACUGUUCCAUCUUGUGGAUGAACUGUUGGUUGAGAUUUUGAAGCCAACUUACAUAGACAUGAAGCAAUGGGCAAGUUCGAAGAACGGACCUGGUUUUUGUCACAUGCAAGGGUCCCAACUAAUUGAAAAAUUAUGUGCCAAAAUCCGAAGCUUCCCAUGUGCCGAUUGUCGUGUGCUGGAAGACAUUGAUGCUUUGAUCGACAAGGAUAUUCCAAGACUGAAGCUCCAAAGUGCGAUGGCAUGUGAGGAGGAAGGAGAGGAGAUAGUGACGGAAAUAGAGAAGGACAUAUUGGACACGCUCGUGCGUGAAACAGCUAUGGAGUUUUGGUGACUUGAUCGUACGACACCGUUUGGAGGAGAGACAGAGAGACAAAGAGCAGAGGGCGUCACAUGGGCGAUUCACGUGAGACACAGUAUUGCGGUGGGGCCACUGGUUGGGACUUGUAAAGAGUUUUGAGGGUUCCACCAGGGAUUUUAACUUCCAACAGAAUUCGCUUUUUGAUUGGUCCUCAAAAGACAUUGCUGGCAGAGGAAUCCCAUUCUCUCACUCCUCCAUCAUCCUUUGUAUAUUGUUUUCUCUUACUGAGCUCCUCCUUUCUCUUUCUAAGAAUUAAUUUAUUCUUAAGCAA